CUCGCUUUCAGUCUCUCUCUCUCUCUCUCUCUCUCUCUAACAUCACAUGUUUUUCCACAUUUAUCCCCAACCGACGCCAAAAGUCUCUCUUUCUCUCAGACGUAAUCUUCACCAUCUUCGAUCCCAAUCUCACACCCAUUCACCGUCUACUCCUCGGCGAUCCGUAAUCUCCGGUUCCGGCCGCCGGCUACUCUACCCUUUCAGUUAGAUUUUUCUGCGGCUGGUUCAACCCUCGAAAAUUGUAUACUUCAUUUACAAUUAGGGUUUUCAAUUUUGGUCAUUGGAGUAUUCCAUUUCCUUACAAUUAGGGUUUCAGUCUCUAAUCUGAGCACCGAGUCUAUCUCAGCAAUUUGAAUCUGGGUUUCCUUAUUCAGUUUCAGAGUUCAAUUUUUUGUUAGGAGAGAUAUCAGGGUUUUAUUUUAAAAUUUUGAAUUUUUGAGAUUUUGGUACCUUUCGAGGAUUCAAGGUUAGGGUUUUGAGUGUUUCGCAGUGAUGCCGAGGAGUUCAAGGCACAAAUCAAGUAAGCAUAGCUCGAGGGAUGCCAGGGAGUACUCGGAUUCGGAGAAAGAUUCGAGCUUAAAGGAUCGGAAGAGCAAGGAAGAGAGUGGUGUUGUUAGGGUUUCAAAGGAUUCAGGCUCCACUGAGAAGCGGAAGCUUGAUUUGAAGGAUGGGAAAGACUCGUAUGGUGGCUCCGGUAAUGGGGAGUAUUCUGAGGAUUUAGUAUCGUCUAAGCGGCGCAAGGAGAGGGUUGAUUACGGAGGGAGGGAUAGAUGGAAUGGCGGCGAGGAUGAUCACAGAGGAAGUGGUGAGGGGUCGAAGAAGUCAUCGAAGGCAUCGGGGGAGUCCAAGAGUAAGAAAAGAGAUGAGAGUGUGGAAUUGUACGCAGAGGGCGGUGAGGUGAAGAAGAGUACUAGUAGUAGUGGAAAGGGUGAAGGGAAGCAUAGGGAUAGAGAUAGGGAUAGGGAUAAGGACUCGAUUCGAAAGGAAGGUAAGGAAGGUGGUGGAGCAGAGAAGGAGAGGGAGAGGGAGAGGGAGAGGGAGAGGGAGAAGGAAAAGAAAGGUAAAGAUGGGAGAACUGAGAGAUUGGUCAGUGGCGAUGAACAACGAGUUCCCGCAAAGCAGGUCAAUGAAAAAACUGAUUUAAAUGCACGAAAUGAGUUGGAAAGUCCCGAGUCAGAGAACCAUAUGGAGAGACGGAUGAGGAAAAGGAGAGAUGAAUUUGGUGAUGGGGAUAAGCAUCUAGAUGAUGUUGAAGACAUCAAUGAUGGUCGAUUAUCUUCUAGGGAUGAUUUUGGCAGGGAUGGCAGGCAGAAAGAUGAGAAGCGGAAGGAUGAGAGAUACAGAGAAAAAUAUCGGGAAGAUAUGGAUAGGGACAAUAAGCACCGAGAUGACAAGCAAAGAGAUGAACGCCUUACAAAAGAUCAACCUAGCAGCAAGUCUGAUGAUAAGCAUUUAAGGGAAGAAAAAGAUAUGACAGAAACGCAACUGAAGAGAUCCAAGCUUCAGGAUGGUGAGCGCAAAGGAGAGCAUGAUCGUGAUCGCGAUCGCAAUAGGGACCGUGACUCAUAUCAUGCCCGCGAUCGUGACCGCUACCAUGAUCGUGAACGUGAACAUGGGUGGGAUCAUGGUCGUGACCGUGACCGUGAUUACGAUCGUGAUUGGGAUUGGGAUCGUGAGCGGGAUGGGGACCGUGAGCGAGAUCGCAAUCAUGACCGUGAUCGUGAUCGUGGUCGUGAACGUGACAGAGAUGGUGAUCGAGAUCGCGACCGUGAUUAUGACCGGGACUAUGAUGGGUCACAUCUUGAUGAUCGCAGCAUGAGAUACAGAGAUAGUAGCAGGGGAAAGAAAAGAUCCCCGGAUGAUCGUGAUGAUUGUAGUGAUACUAAGUCUAGAGGCAUCAAAGCUCGGUACUCUGACCUGGAAAAGAAGUCAUCAAGUGGUGAUAGAGUUGAGUCAGAUGUUAAUAAGGGAAGAUCUCAGUUGAGGCAAGCUUAUGCAGACGCUAUAUUGAGCAGCAAUAAGCGGAGGACCUCCCCUAGUUCUAAUUCACAUGUUGGCAUGGAUGAGUACAGGUAUCUGAAUCCAGAUGAUUUGAAGUAUAGGGAUUCUGCGGCAGAGCAGAGGACCAAAGCAAUUCCUCCCAGAGAUGGAUCUGGUCUCUCUGGAGUUUCAGAAAGAGGUUCCAAGUACAGAUCCAUGGAAAAACCCAUUAAAAUGGAUGAUGGCCAUUUAGGGGAGCUGUCAAAUGAAAAGUGUGCAAGUUCUAAGGCUUCACCUCUGGCCUUGAUGGAAAGAUCUCCUUCAUCAUCAAAUAUUGACCGUAGGUACACGAACAGAACUGGUGUCAGACGGAGUCUUGACAUUGAAGAAACAGGUCGGAGAAGCGGUGCUUCCAUUGAUAAUAGAGAUUUCUCUAAUACCGAGGAUAGACUUAGUCGGGACUUGCCAUCAGAGAAGCCUUUGGUGGAUGACUCAUCGCCAGCUGAUUCAUCUGCUCACAAUAGGGGUAGUCAGAAUAAUUUAUCUUUGUUUCCUCAUCCCAAUUUCAGGGCCGGAGUUGACAGCCCUUCUUUUGUUGGUUCAUUGGAAGAAGAUGGUAGAGUUAAUUCCAAUGCACGUUAUAGAAGGAGUAGUGAUCCCAAUUUGGUUCGAGGGCAUGGUAAUGCAUGGAGGGGUGUCCCAAACUGGACGGCACCACUUCCAAAUGGCUUCAUGCAUUUUCAACAUGGAGCACCUCAUGGUGGUUUUCAAGGGAUGCUACCUCAGUUUCCAGCUCCACCAAUUUUUGGUGUUAGACCUUCAAUGGAAAUUAACCACUCUGGGAUUCCUUAUCAUAUUUCUGAUGCUGAUAGAUUUUCCAGUCAUUUGCGCCCACUUGGGUGGCAGAAUAUGAUGGAUGGUUCAGGUCCUUCUCACUUGCAUCUAUGGGAUGGGAGUAAUGGUGCCUUUAGGGAUGAGACUCACAUGUAUGGGGGUGCCGAAUGGGAUCAGAACAGGCAUCCAAUGAAUGCUCGUGGAUGGGAAUCCAGUUCUGAUACAUGGAAAGUACAUAACAAUGAUGUGAAAAGGGACUUGCCCUCCCCAGCUCAGAAGGAUGAUUAUCCCGUGCAGGCCCUUGUGGAUGAUGCUGUGGCUGGGCAGGCAGGUCAGAUAUCUCAUCACGAAGAUAACCUGGAUCAUGGAGUUCUUGCUAAAACUGUUGAAACAAGGUCCAUUGUAACGUCUCCUCCAAAGGAGUCUAUGUCUAAACUUGGUCAUGAGAAGUCACCUGUUCGCUCUAAAUCGCCAAGCGAUGAUGUCCCUUGUUUAAGUCAUUAUUAUCUCUCCAAGCUUGACAUUUCAGCAGACCUUGCUCAUCCUGAGCUGUAUAGCCAGUGUAUGAGCAUACUGGAUACUGACGGGAGUUCCACUGUUGAUGUAGAUGCUACAACGUUUACAAUUUUGAAGGGUGCAAGGGCUGGAUUGGGACCAUCCAAAACCUUUUCGACUUCCUCACUUUUUCCUCCUUUGAAGGAUUCUGUCUUUCAGAAGGCUAUGAAUUUUUACAAGAAGCAGAGGAUGGAAAUAAGAGGCUUGCCAUUUAUCGCUGGUGGAACACUGGAUAUUAUAUUAGGAUCUAAGCAGGAGAAUUUGGAAGCAAAAGUCCCUUGUGAUGUGGAGAAAGUAGAGGAGUUAGUCCCUACUUAUGAUGCAGAAAUGACAGAUGCUCCCCUGUCAAGUUUAGAUGAGAAGAAUGUUGUCACUGCUUCAACUGAUAGUGCUGAGGAAAAACCGGAGGUGCUGGUGCCAACACCCAGUCCCGAGGUGCAGAACGAUAUCUGCCUGGUUUCUCCUAAGUUGGAAAUGCGAGUUGAAGAUUAUAGUGGAAGCAAUGCAGGAGAGCCUCAAACACUUUUAAAUGGGGUGGAAAUGGAUUACUCCUCUGAGCCGGUGAAAUUAGAGGUUGGGGAUGCAAAUGGUUUCUCAUCGAUUGAUAACUCGGCUCUUGCUACCUCCACUUUACCUGCUGCUGGUAACGACUUGAAUGUUAUUAGCAAGACUGAAGAUGAUAACUCUAUUAAUUACCCAAAGGAAGGUGCGGCUGAUGCAAUAACUGGUCCUUUAGUAAUACCAGAGGGAUCCCCAAAGGCCAAGGCUUGUGAGGCUUUGAUGUCUGGGUCUAAUGAGUCUGAUUCGGUAAUUUUAAGUCGGAUACAUCAUUCUCCUGAAAGUACACAUUGAGACAAUUUCUAUCUAUAACCAUGUUUCCUUUUUUGUUUCUUACUUUUAUUGCGUUUAAGUUCAUCAUGCUCAUGCUAUUUUCUGUGGCUUCUCGUUUCAGCAAGGAAAUAAAAUCAAAAUAUGGUUUUUUCUGCC